UUGCGCCUUUUGCCUACGGGCCGCCAUUCUUUUUUGUUGUUUUUGACAUGUUUUAGCCCCCAGUCACUCUUUUGACAGCCCUGCCGUCCACCCGUCCGCCCCGUCCGUCGUUGCAUACACAAUCGUUUACUAUCCCAUUCAUAUCAUUAAUGAUCGGUUUCGACUUCUCCCCGCGUCUGCAUCCCUCUGUUUUGGCCAUCCGACCCACCGGUCCACGCACAACGCCUGCGCCGCUGUCGCUGCCGCCCUCGCCGCCGCCGCCGCCGCCGCCGCAGCAGCAGCAUGUCCUCGCCAGACCGUCGCGCCAAAACGCCAACCCAAACAUCAUCAUCAUCAUCAUCAAUUCCACAAGGCCCCAGGUUUUCGCCCCCAAAGUCGCCAGCAAAAGACUCGUCUCCUGUCCGAAAACCGCUCCACGAACGCUCAAACUCGCACGCCAAUCAGCACUCGAGUCCCACGAUCCGGCUAGUCCAGGAGUCCGCCGAUGACAUCUAUCAAAAAUACCCCGUACCCAGCGAACCCUCGCAGAUACUGUCUCCACCCCGUCAUGCGCUGGGUUAUGGGUUCGAGCGUCCAGAGCGGUCCGAGAGGCUUGAGAGGCUCGAGAGGCUCGAGAAGCCUGAGCGACCAGGAUCUUGGGUUUCAAGUGACGGAAAAGUCGCCAAUGUCGUUGCAAAGUUCGAGGCAAGCCAAACGCCGACUCCACAGCCAAUCCUGUCGCGGAAAAAAGCAACCAGACACUCUAAUAACACUAGCCUGUCAGAGGAAGACACGCUCAUCGCAUCCUCAUUCACGCCGUCAUCUUUAAGAUUUUCACAGGACAGCACUACGCCAUCGUCACCCCCGCCAGAGCUAGACGAGGAAAAUGUACCCGACGUACUUGAGGAAGUCAUACCAGACGAGGCGCCGCCCGCCCGCCGUCCAACCAUCCGUGCUGUCCCUCCAUCCUCUUCUGGCGGCGAAUCGUUAGAGAGUCGCACCCGUGCAUUGACACCCAAGGCCUCUGCCGCGUCCUUUGCAUCAACCAUCCAUGCAGCACAGCCAUCUUCUUCUAGCCACGUUAGAAACCCGUCGCGUCUCAGUGUCCAGGGACCGCUACCACAAGACGAACACGCCGCCUCGUCGUCCGAUCCCGAAGCAGGCCGUCCUGCACACGCCCCCGACGCUGACCGUCGACAGCCUGUGUUGAAGUCUCAGCAAAGCACAGAGUCAAUCACAUUCUCUGAUAUUUCCUACACCAGCAUCGAGCCAACUACAGCACCCGGUCUUAAUGAAGCCAGUACAUCCACCACCUUCGCGAGCGGCAUCCGAAUUAAUUACCCUCUUGCCCGCGCGCCCUCGUUCAACAACCUACGGGCUGAGUCCCACAACCCACCCAACAUCCUGUCCCGGAUGCAGGACCGGUCCUUGGUACACCAAUGGAGUUCCCAGCUAUCGACGAUUCCUUCAGCAUCCGAGCGCGACUCGCGCUCCACGGCACGAGGCUCUCGCUCGUUUGGCGCAAGGUCGCAUUCACAAGAAAGCUUUGGCGGCAACACACGACGGAGCCUCUCGCGGCCGCGACGACAGACAGUCUCGAGCGCACAAUCGACGUCGGACCAUUCCGAGUCCUCCGCAGUUCCACGACCGCUCUUCUCGCCCGCUCCGCAUGGCUCCAAGGGCUCGCUCGAUGACAACAACAGUGAACAUCUCGACACCAUCUCACCGUUGCCGUCGUCCGUUCCGCUGCGGAUGAAGGCUUCUGGCUAUCUGCACAGGUCCAACAGCAUCGAGACGCUGUCCGCCAACGACUCUCGACCCGGAUCGUCGCACUCGAGCGUGUCCACCUUCAUUGCCAGCACCAUUCCCGCAUGGGCCAGGGUAUACUACCAGCAGGGUGGGCGCAUCUCAGGGGGUGCUCCAGAGUCCGAGUAUGCCGAAAGCAUAGUACAAGAAGUAUCACAGGGAGGCCGGUCACGAACGCCUUCUGAGACCAACUACCCACCCAACAUCUACCGCCCACGAAAUCGUCCACGCAACCGAGCUGCUUCCACAGCCGAUACCGUCUCUCUGGCCGAGGAUGCACAGUCAAUUGAUGGCGCAGUGCAUACCAUCAAUGUCCGCCAAAUGUAUCAACUAAGAGAAUACUCGACGCCGCAUCUCCGAACCGACCGCAGAGGACAGACACGUUACAGCGCAUGGAACGCACCUUCGCUAGAUGACGAUAUCCACCUGACACUUCUUGGGCGUCAAAAUCGACAAAUCCUACUCUUCUGCUUGGGAUUUCUCUGCCCUUUUGCGUGGAUGGUUGCCUCGUUCCUUUCCCUGCCUCCGGAUCCCAGCCAUAUGGUUAGUGCCGAGUCCAACGAGGGCGAUUCCAACCAGGUGGAUUUGGAACAGCACUUUGCCCAGAGCAUGGGGCACAUUGACGACAAGGCCUUCCAAAAAGCAACCUGGUGGCGCAACCUCAAUCGCGUCAUGUCUGGAGUCGGAACGCUUCUCAUUGGCGUCAUUAUCGCGCUGGCCAUUCUCGCGUCGCGGAUGCCAUAAGUGACACCCACUUGGGCGUGUCCGACAAUUGUUUCAGCCAACAAUGUGUCUGCAGCAAAAGGCCUCUUCUUUGGCUACGUACAUGCGUUGUCGCCCGUGUGCUUUUACAUAACGACCCCCCUUACGAACAUACUUAUGCCCCCAUUGUACACGUUAAUGUUUUACCGGCCGCGUCCAACGACACAAGCCCUCUGCUCGACAUUUUCUCUUCAAGUCGCUGCGAGGGUGCGGCCCGUGUGUGAACACUUUCUGGUACAGCUGUACUUUUAUUUAUUAUUACACCUACCUUCUUUAGUUGUGGAAGCGAUUUCGAGUGCGGCAUCUUGCGGUUUAGCGGGCGUUCCUCCUGUCUGGAGCUUCUUGUGCUCUUCGUAAGCGUAUUACCCAUUUGUUUUGUCGGACAUUGCUAGUGCAGCCAUGGCAGAA